AUGGACUUCUAUCUCCGAUGUAAUGCACUUAAAUGUCGAUGUCAGUUGAAGGAACAAGCGGUUGUUACGACUUGUUCACACAUCUUCUGUCCUAUUUGUGCAGGUACCCUUGGCCUUUCGAGUUCCAACGCUGGCGAACGCCAUUGCCCGGCAUGUCAGACAAUCCUCGUCAACCCAGAUGAUGUCGUGAUAACUGUCUUAAACCCAACGGAGGAUUAUAAAACCAGCGUAUUGAGUGGGUUAGAUCCGAACACCAUAAUGGAGUGUGCUGGGCGCGCAUUGCUCUUUUGGACCUACCAAACAACUCAAGAAAUGUGCCUGUUCCUGUCCGCUGCUCGAAGCUAUUGCGUACUGACGGACAACAGCUACUACCAGGAAUUUCUCGCAAAGACACUCACAGAAAAGUAUACGGGUUUAAAUACACAGAUGGAUAAAGUGAUUCAUAAUGCCAACACGGAAAUUUCGAUUCUACAGACAAGGCUAUCAGAUAUGCAGGCGACACACGAGCAACUCCAGAAGAAGAAUCAAGAGCUUGUUGAUUUAUACCGAGAGAAGUGCAAGAAGUUUUCCCAAAUCACAAAUCUCUAUAAUUUGCUGAAAUCUCGAGCAAUGCGGACCCAUAUGCAAACCGCUGCAUCGGACUCAGUUUCUCAGGCACUGAACUCCUUAGGAGCAUCACGGAAUGACCCUCCAGCUUCGACAUCGAACAGACAAGUGGGCCCACUAUUGCCAGUGCAGACGCUAUCUCAUCGUCAACAGAACAUUUUCCCCGUUGACCAAGAGGGAGUGGAGCAAUUGCAUCGAUAUCAACGCAGCGGCACUGGAAGCUCAAAGGGUGCAAUGAAAAGAGCGGAUGCCACAGCAAUGCCGCCUCCAAGUCUUCCUGGAAAUCCAAGACAUCAGGAGGUGCCCAUGACCCCUCAGCACCGAACACGCCUCACAGGUCAAUCACUUCCUUCCACAGGAAUGUCACACUUACCACCAAAUAGCGUCUUGCUUGAGCGAUUCCGGGAUGAUUCUGUCGCAACCGGUUCUCUCGCUAAUGCCCAUCCUUCGCUGAAUCGGGGGAAUCCGCAAUUACAAACCCCUGGUCAGACGGGCAACGGCCCUCCAGGAACGAGAACCUUCUUCGAUAGCACAAUAAUAUAG